GACAAUCGACGCCUCUGGUAUUCAUUCUGUCACCCAGUAAAUGCCCGUCUGCUUCGUACACCCAAGCCAUUCCACACCUUGCAUACAGCAGCAUUUCCUCUUCAGACGUGAAAACCCCACUCUAUUGUACAGGUUUGGCUAUCAAUUACAGGACUGCUCGGCUUCGGCGAUUCGAUGAUUGCCGACGCGAGUUUAUAUGGAGAAUCGACAAGUCGAUGGCGUAACGCUUCCCCAAACUGUUGGCAAUCGAACCUUGACAUCUCCUCAUCAAUCUCAUUCUCCAAGCAUCACCAAACAAAACCACAAUGACAGUCGUUAAAACACAUGAUUUUGAAGACACCAGGGCCAUCAAGGCCCUGAUCCAAGCCUUUUUCGACUCCGUCAAUGCCGCAGACACGAAAUCCCUCCAAUCCCACUUCCUCCCCGCAGCCAGCCUAACUAUCAUCCGCCAAGACCCUCCCCGGCCGGCCGACCCGGCAGCGGGUGAGGGUAGCAGCAGCGCCGCUGCGAGUCACGAUGAGAAGCUGACCGUGGUGAUCCGCACCACGAUCGAGCAGUUCGUCAAGCUGCUCGACGACGCCGAGCGCAGGCGCAAGGGCCAGCCACCGGGCCCUGUCGUCCACGAGACUCCUGACCUCGACGCCACGGAUGUCAAGCUUGAUGCGCUGUUCGGCAACGCCUGGGCCCCGUUCCGGGUUACCUUUGACGGCGUGCUGCACCACUACGGGACCAUGGUCUACACGCUGGCCAAGACCGAGCUUGCUGACGCCGCCGGGGCAUCCGGGGGCAGGAAGGAGUGGAAGAUCGCGGGGCUGACGCAGAACUACCGCCGGACACCUGGGUGGCCCGAGGCUGAGCAUUCGGGGCUCUCGUGAGUGGGCGGGGUGGGGUGGUUAUUGGGUAUUGCGGGUAUGAUGCAGCGUAAGAAAGAAUAGAGCUGGGACUUUCUGUCGUUCUGUUGAGCCCCGCCACGGAGACGGGGCGGUCGGAGCGGAGACUGAUUGGAUGUAUAUGGAUCAUUGAUCCUUUUUCUUGGGCGCCAGUCGUAAGAUACGAAGCAAUAUAUUCGGGCCAUCCUCUGGACUUGAGACUGGUUGCCUCAUUUCGUUCGAUGUAGCCAUGACUGUGAAAUCGCCGCUGCCAUGUCGUUUCCUUGAUCUGUUGCUGACAUUGACGAGUCCCGGAUUCGCCUCGUCCAGAUCAGACCAGACCUGAAACCCUUGGAGAAGGUCGCACAUCGGUGCUUGCAUCGCCAUCUUUGGACUUGUAUGGUCUAAC